UUCCAAUGAGGUAAGUAUUCGUUCCUUGCAAUGUCAUGGGGCCCGGAUUGCAUCCUAAAAUACGGAUAAUUCGCGACGAUAACAAAGAUACUUUUGGAAUGAACGUCGCCAUGCUUGACAAACAGCUGGCAAUGAUGAUGGUGGCAAUGGUGGCGGGAAACCGACAGUGGUGACGCCUGCUGAGAAAGAGUAUUUGGCGGGUACGACCAGGAGCUUUAAAAUCGCCUGCGAUUACAUCUCUAAUAAAAUGACAAAGACAACGAAUUUCGUGCCAAUUUCAACACCCUCUAGAAAACCACGGUUACAAAAAAAAAGAAAGAGAAACCGUGACGCAGAAGCGCCUGGUUUGGGGCACGCUCGUGGCCAUUCAACGGUUCGACCACGAGCAUAGGGUGCAGGGCUGCACCGUGUGAACUGCACAAAAUAAGGUAUGGCCCCAAAAUAACUCAUUUUAAAUUUUUCCGAGUAGGGCAUUGCUGGUAUGGCCACUAACGCGUUUGGUUCAUUCACAGCUGACUGCAGCGCACUCGGUUACAGUGGGCUGUAUGUAGUCGUCUGCUCGUCUUCGACGGUAGUCAGUCAUCGGAGUGUCCCUGGAGGCAUGGCCCUGGUCGAGAGGUGGUGGCUGUCCACUUACGCGUCGGACAUCUACAGCUACCUGCGCGUUAGGGAGCGACGGCGGAUGGAGUACCGCGGCCAGUCGCCCCAACUGCAUUGCAGGAGGGACCUGGUGCGUUUCAUUGGCGAGAUGUGCGACAAGAUGCACCUCUGCGUCGCGGUCCACCACCUCGCGACGCACCUGCUCGAUUUCUUCAUGGACGAGCACGACAUCGAGCUGCACCAGCUGGAAAUGCUGUCCCUGGCCUGCCUCGUCGUGGCAGCGAAGGCAGAAGGGGUAGAUCCGCUCAUUCCCAGCAACGGGGAAAUCGUGAGGCUCAUGCACAACGCUUUCACAAGCACCCACCUGGCCUGCAUGGAGAUGUCAGUCCUGGUUUUCUUCGACUGGGAGGUGCACCACCCCACCAUUGCAACGUUCCUGGACUUCUUUGCCCUGCUGGCCAUGUUUCCCAGCGACAUGGCCAGGUGCAGAGAUUCGCCAGCGCAGCUUCUCAACCUUGAGAGCUCCUUGAAAAACUACCUGAGCUACUUCCUCGACACAGCCCUUAAGGACUACAGCUUCAUCAAGAUGCCCGCAUCAAUGGUGGCAGCAGCUUGCGUGGCGUGCUCACGCAUGUGUCUCCACCUCCAGCCACUCUGGUCACCCAUGCUCGAGAAUGUCAGCAAGUACAAGCUCGAGCAGCUGACACCUUGUAUCGGCCGCCUACUCACGGACUCCUUACUGAGGAGAUGGGGCCAUGUGACUCUUCAAAAGGAGCUGCAAGAGUGUACUCUCAGACAAUGCCCUCCUGUCUCCCGAUGUUCCUGCCUGGAAUCAUCCUUCGGUUCCUGUCCCGGCCUGGCCGUGCCUGAUCCUGCCUGGAGAACUCGGUCCCAACAGCAUAUCUACUUUUCUCGUACGACUACGACAUUGUGUACCGGAAGUCCGAGGAACACAGCAAUGCAGAUGCUCCAUUGCGCUUGUUUUCAGACCUUGCUUCCAGCGACCCAAACAAAGACACGUCGGUACGUGCGGUCUCCGACGCGGAACUGCUUCCCGUCACAAGCUAUCGAAUUGUGGUGAAAGUGCUCAACUUUACCCUGAACGGUUGGCCCACCUCUGUUCAAGAUAAAGCCCCGCAGACUUUAUCUCGAAUAAUCUGGUAAUCAGACGUUGAAAUGCACAGUGCCACAGUUUUUAAAUUGCUUGACUGAAGUGAAUCUAGAAGUGUUGAGUGAAUCCCGGCAAAAGCGUUUGUUCAAUGCUUGUGACGGAGUGUCCAUGGAAUUCAUUAAUCUUCCUGGGUAUCACCGUUCUCCUCCCUACCACCCGUUGAAUAUUUUUUGUAUCGUAAGUAUUAGGUCAAACCCAUUUAUAACAAUUCCACAUAUAACAACCUAUCAGUUAUAAUGACCAGCUUUCAGAAAAUAAAGGAAUUCAGGGCCCCACCCAUUAAAAUUGGUCCAGAUAAAACAACCAUUUUUCAAAGCAUUAUACUGUUACAACAAACACUCAAAAUCAGCUUUCGGAAAAAGAAAAAAAAGAAAAUACUCCCGCGCGUGAAAAGAAAAGAUCAAAAGAGCUACAUUUCGGGUGCGGCGCUCUGGGAGAUUUUCAGGCCAUUUCCAGGAGAAAACAAAACUACAAAAGCAAAAAUGCCCUCCCGGGACGCGUAGUCUGCUGAUUGUGCGUGUGGGAAGGAGGAGAAGAAGGAGGAUGUCAACUGUCAACUCUCAAGCGGUGCUACGUUCGUUUGUUCUAUGUUUGCAUACUCUGUUCAACUCAAGAAAAACUCGGUGCUCAAUAUAAGGCGGCUAGCCCAAUCGCCAUUGUGACCGUUUGUUUACGUUUGCCAUUUUGGUAUCCGUAUCAUGUACGUUCUCUCGUGUCUACGGACUCACAUGGAGUCGUGUCCGUCGUCUUAAAACGGGGGGAAAAAAAAUCUACUAUACUCCGUCUCACCCCACGAUGGACUAGGGCCUAAAGGCUGACGGGAGGAGCACUACCUCAUAAAAGCUUGCAUCCACAUUGCAAGAGUGCGCAAGAGAAAUUUUGAUACGCAGAGUACAAAGAGCACUAAACUUACGCAUAUGGUUCUCUGUUGUGUAAGCGCGCUUUUUUAUAUUGGUGUGGUAAAGGUACAUGGUAUUUAGCUUCAGAAAUAUUCCUAGUAGGAAUAUUUCCUACCAUAUUUCGUAAACAUGUCAACUCUUUGGAGAAGUUGGAGUGCACGCAGGCAACACUGACAUAAAGUCGUUUCUAAUUAGCCAUAACAAUCCAAUCCUAGCGAUAACGGAGGUAGGUAUGAGGUGCGAGGCCGAUGCCGGCACGGACGAAGCACACGCAGAUGGAUCAGCAGUCGAGAUUCCUUGAAUGCCGCGACCAUACGUGCUGUGGCAAGGAACUGGGAACGCAGGUGUAAGUAGAGCAAAAACCUAAGAAGCAGAUGGAGCCGCCGUGAGGGCUCGAUAAGCAGACGAAACACUGGACUCCGAAUGACGCGUCUUGGCGCACUGAUACGCACGACGAAGCAAAUAUACCACGUUAUUUCUAACAGGCUCAUGAUUGGACCCGGCGGCCUGUAGCAUUGAGCUUUAGUCCAUCGUAGAAUGAGACUUAGUAUAGGAGGCUUUAUUUAAACGAAAGGGCAUCACGCUGGCGGAAAAAGAUAACAACGGAGCAGCACUGCGUGGCCUCGCAAUCCCAGCCACCCGACGAGCUCGCAAAGUGUCGUUUGAAAGACGACCCUGCCAGAGGCGACGGCCGUGCACUCGUGCAUGCGCAGGAAGCGCGGCACUUAAAACGCUUUAGACCAAAGCAAGUAUUAAUUAUUUCUGUGAACAGCGAAGAACCAUCGUCGGACUAGUGCACGGCAUUUAUUUUUGUGUCGGCAUGCAUUUCAUAAAGUAUGUGGUCAAUCUUCAUUAUUUUAACUGCGCGGGAGAAUCGGCAGCAAUUUACUUUUUAUUUAUCUGAAAGCCAAGUCUGCCUGCGCAUUAGAAUUGGGGGCCCAUUAGAAUUGUGCAAACAGUUUCUUUAAAUAAAGAGCUGGCAGAGUGAAACUACCAAUACCAGCUUCAUUAUCCUUAUUUAUUACAUGUUUUAAGGGGGGACACUACCCACAAAAACAAUUUCUGCAAAAAAGUUGAUUUUGAAAAAAUGUC